AUGUUUGAAGUGAAUGAGAAAUAUCCUGUUGAAAGCACCAGUGGUAGUUCUAAUGACAUAGAAUCUCAUGGUGUUCAACCAAUAAUUUCCCUUAAGGAUAACAAAUCAAUAGGAUUUAUAGACAAAGAUGAUGAUAUAUCAAGUCAACAAUAUAGUACUUGUGAUGAAGUUAAAAGAGAUUUAAAAGCCAGACAUGUUUCUAUGAUUGCCAUUGGUGGUACCAUUGGUACUGGAUUAUUCAUUUCUACCGGUUCAUUACUUCAUACUACCGGUCCAGUAAUGUCAUUAAUAUCAUUUUUAUUUGUCACAACAUUAGCAUAUUCAGUAACUCAAUCACUUGGUGAAAUGACUACAUAUAUCCCUAUAUCUGGGUCGUUUGCACAAUUUAUAACUCGUUGGGUUUCUAAAAGUUGUGGUGCUGCUAAUGGUUGGUUAUAUUGGUUUUCUUGGGCUAUAACAUUUGCUCUAGAAUUAUCAGUUGUUGGACAAGUCAUACAAUAUUGGACCGAUGCCGUGCCAUUAGCCGCUUGGAUUUCCAUUUUUUUCGUUAUAUUAACCACAUUUAACUUAUUCCCCGUGAAAUAUUAUGGAGAAGUUGAAUUUUGGAUUGCAUCAACUAAAGUGCUUGCUAUUGUUGGAUGGCUUAUUUAUGCAUUUAUCAUGGUAUGCGGUGCUGGUAAAACUGGACCAGUGGGGUUCCGUUAUUGGCGGAAUGGGUAUGCAUGGGGUGAUGGAAUGUUAGUUCUGAAUAAUGGGAAAUACGCAAUCUCUUUUAUUAAUGGACUUAUUAAUGCGGUCUUCACUUUCCAAGGUACUGAAUUGGUUGCUGUCACUGCUGGUGAAGCCUCUCCUAGAGCAAUUCGGAGUGCAAUUAAGAAAGUCAUGUUCAGAAUUUUGGUAUUCUACGUCUUGUGUAUGCUUUUCAUUGGUCUUUUGGUUCCUUAUAAUGAUCCAAAACUUACUGAAGAUGGAGGAUUUACAAGAAACUCUCCAUUCCUUAUUGCUAUGGAAAAUUCAGGUACCAAAGUUUUACCACACAUUUUCAAUGCCGUGAUCGUUACAACAAUUAUUUCUGCAGGUAACUCGAAUGUCUAUUCUGGUUCACGUAUCCUUUACGGUUUAGCUCAGGCUGGUGUUGCUCCUAAAAUUUUCCUUAAAACUAAUAGAGGCGGUGUUCCCUAUUGUGCUGUAUUGUUCACAGCUGCAUUUGGUGCUUUGGGUUACUUAGCAUGUUCUGAAGAUGGUAAUAAAGCUUUCACUUGGUUAUUGAAUAUUAUUGCCACUGCUGGAUUGAUUGCUUGGGGAUUUAUUUCAGUGAGUCAUGUUAGAUUCAUGAACGUUCUUAGAAAAAGAGGUAUAAGUAGAGACAUUUUACCUUAUAAGGCAUUUUUCAUGCCAUAUAGUGCCUAUUAUGCUAUUACUAUUAUAUUUAUCGUGGUGUUGAUUCAAGGAUUUACAGUGUUUUGGAAUUUCAAUGCUAGUGAUUUCUUCACCGCUUAUAUUUCUGUGAUAUUAUUUGUUAUACUUUGGAUUGGAUUCCAUUUUUUCUUUUUUGGGUUUGGUAAAGAUUCUUUCAAAUGGGAAAAUAUACUAAUCCCAUUGGAUGAAUGUGAUAUUGAUACUGGGGUCAGAGAUAUUAAUGAUGCUGAGUUUGAAGUCCCACCACCAAGAAAUAUUUGGGAGAAAUUCUGGUUACUUAUUGCUUAG